AUGAAGCAAUCAUGGACGCUUCGUCACUUGUAUGGUCGUGUAUUGGAGUCGAAAGAAUUGGUUUUGUUUGACAAGUCAGACCCUCAGGUGCCGGCGGGUCUUGCUCUCAGAGGUGAGGAAUUGGAUCGAAUUGCGUUGGAUGUGGCCGCGCAAUUGGACACUGUAUUAUCGGCUGGUCUUCCCAAAACGUCGGUGGCAGUAGUGAUGCCGAAUGGUGCGGAUUACGUGGCAGUGUUCUUGGGGAUUGCGUGUGGACGAGGUAUUAAUUGUUUAUUGAACCCGAAGUACCAAGAAGCGGAAAUUGUGUUUGCAAUCCAGGAUUUAAAGUGUGCGGCAGUGGUUACUGGUUUCCAGGAGCUGCCUGAAGCGGUGAAGGCAGCAAAGACUUGCGGAAUCCCGUGCUACAGAUUCGAAUGGAUGCAGUUGUAUGAUCGCUGGACACUGGGACUCUUGGAUCAGGCUAGCGGAGAGCUUGCCGAAAGUAGAAAGGACUAUGUCAAAAAAUAUCAUUUCCCUACUGACCUUACCGGUUUCGAUAUCGCCUUGAAGCUGCACACGAGUGGAACGACAAGUAAGCCCAAAACCGUGUCUCUUCGGCACUGCAAUAUAGUCGCUACGUGUGUGAACCAAAGACUAGCGUUCGAAUGGAACAAGGAACGGGACCACUCCUUCCUUAUCAUGCCGCUGUUCCAUGUACACGGCUUGUUCAAUGGCUGUCUCGGACCCCUCGCCGCCGGCUGCAAGGUCACUGUGAUUAGUUCAAAGUCGUUCAGCAAAAGCGUGUUCUGGAAGGAAUUAAAGGAAUCCGGUGCCAAUAUGAUCACCGCGGUGCCCUCCAUGUGGCAGAUAUUACUACUGGAUCCUGAGGCAAUCCCCAAGCACCUCCAGCCCAUUCGCUAUAUACGCAGCUGCUCUAGCGCCAUGGCGCCUGCGGUCAUCACUCAGUUGACCAAGGUGCUGAACACCCGUGUCGUCGAGUCCUACGCCAUGACCGAAGCCACACACCAAAUGCUGAGUACCCGUCUGCAGGAAUCGUCCCCUGGCAUGAUUGGCUGGCCAACCGGCACGGAAGUAGUAAUCGUCAACCCCGCCACGCAGACCGUCUGUCCCUUCAACGAGCCGGGCGAGAUUUGCGUACGCGGCCAUAAUGUUAUCACGUCCUACGAGGGCCUCUCCGAAGAACAGAACCAGCAACACUUCUACCUGCAAGCGGACCUGAAGGGUUUCGCAAAUGGUGCCAGCUUCGCCACCUCUGCGCCUGCCGUGCGGGAAACAGCAGGGCACGAAACCGGACACUGGCUGUCGGAGUUCGAAGAGGACCUGAAGACCUACUGCGUGCAGCCGCUCAGUCUCGAUCCGAAAGAGGCGAGAAUUGAGCAACCCUUCCUUCGAACCGGCGACCUCGGGGUCAUGAACGAGCGCGGCUGCACACAGUACAUUUCCCGGCUGAAGGAACUCAUCAAUCGCGGAGGCGAAAAGAUAGCGCCAAUAGAAAUCGACGCAACCUACCUCAAAAUCGACUCUGUAAAAAACGCCGCCUCCUUCGGAUACCCAGAUACCAUCCUCGGAGAAUGCGUCGCCAUUGCUGUCGUACCCAUGAACGAACUCCUGCUCCCGGGCUCUGCCGACCAACGUCCCGAUCAACCCACACCGACCGACCACAUCGACGACGUACAGACCUGGGUGAACAGCAUACACGAAGAAGCAAAAGCGACACUGUCCAAAUUCAAAAUACCUAUCAAGACGUUCGUCGUCAAGGAACUGCCCACAGGCCCCACCGGCAAGGUGCUCCGGCGCGAGCUGAACAACUUUGUCAAAUCUCGCCCCUGCUUCUAG